GGGCGCGGCCGGGGCGCGCAGUGACAGCGCCGGGCGGUGUGUGCGCCCAGGGCAUCCUCCUCGGCGGGCGCUCCUGGGCGGGGAGCCGGGUCCCCCGCGCCCCCCGGCCCCGCUCCGGGCAGCGCGGCCGCCGCGAUGAAGCCGUGCGAGGAGGAGGAGGAGGAAGGGCGGGCGGCGGCGGCGGGCGGCGGCGGCGGGGACCCCUGGAAGGAGUGCGCGGAGGUGGCGGUGCAGCUGGCGCUCCGCGCCGGGCAGAUUAUUAGGAAAGCUCUAACAGAGGAAAAACAAGUGUCCACAAAGACAUCUGCAGCAGAUCUUGUGACAGAAACCGAUCAUUUUGUGGAAAAUUUAAUUAUUUCUGUGCUGAAAGAGAAAUUUCCCUCCCACAGGUUUAUUGCAGAAGAAUCCACUGCUGCAGGUUCAAAAUGUGUCCUCACCGACAGUCCAACCUGGAUUAUUGACCCUGUUGAUGGAACGUGCAACUUUGUGCACAGAUUUCCAACAGUGGCAGUGAGCAUUGGAUUUGCUGUUAACAAAGAGCUUGAAUUUGGUGUAAUUUACCACUGCACUGAAGAACGAUUAUACACUGGUAGAAGAGGUCAAGGGGCAUUUUGUAAUGACAAAAGGCUUCAGGUAUCAAAAGAGACAGAUAUCUCGAAGGCCUUAAUUUUAACAGAAAUUGGUCCAAAACGUGACCCUGCAACUUUGAAAUUGUUCCUUGGUAACAUUGAGAGAUUGCUCAAGGCCCAAGCACAUGGGGUCCGUGUCAUUGGGAGCUCCACGCUGGCCCUGUGCCACUUGGCAUCUGGCGCUGCAGACGCCUAUUACCAGUUUGGGUUGCACUGCUGGGACCUGGCAGCAGCCACUGUCAUCAUCAGAGAGGCAGGUGGCACUGUGAUAGACACUUCAGGGGGACCUCUGGAUCUUAUGUCCUGCCGAGUGAUUGCUGCAGGCACGAGAGAGAUGGCCAUGUUCAUAGCUCAGGAAAUACAAACUAUUCACUACCGGCGGGACGACGAGAAUUAAAUACUCAUUGUGCGGAGUUUGCCCUCCUGAACCGUGUAACGUUUGCGAGAUGGGUGUCUUGAAAGGGUACGUGAUUCCAGCAGGAUGAUUUCUGGGGAGAUUUUCUGUGUCAAAUAUUUUUUAUAAAUUUAUUACCAUGUGGGAAGGCAAAAGGAGAUUUUUAGACCUCUAAGAAACGUGUUUCCUUUUUAAUAUGUACCUCUUUCAGCAGUAUCUUUUUUAUAAGAUAGACUAUUUUACUUGUAGCAAAUUAGUCUCAAAAUUAAGUUGUCAUUUCAUAUCUGUGGGGCUGAUAUUUAGUCUUUUGUAACACGCAGCUAAAAAAUGGAACUUUAUUUUUACAGAUGCAGAUCUCAGGUAAAUGAGCUUUAGGACUGUAGUAAAGGAGGAGUAGUUGAGAUGUGUGCCUAUAAUAAUACCCCUGUUCCACGAUACUUAAGAAUGCAAUAAAAAUGGCAUUGUUAUUUCCUAACGACGUCAUAGCUCUGUAUCCAUUUAUGUACAUGUCUGUUUGUGUGUAUAUAUGUGUAUAUAUGCACCUAUGCACGUAUACACACACAUCCCCAGGGGUGUAUGUGUAUAUAUAUGGAUACCCUGGAUGUUUACAGCAACUUAGAGGAUGCAUAGAGAGAAGAAAGCUAAUAUUGGGAGCUGUUUUCAGGUAAUGGUUUUUUUAGGUUACUUAGGUGGUUCCAGUCAGGGCUGUCCAAAUGGCAAAUAGCAGAGCUGAUCAUGGAAAAUGUUUAAUUGUUUUACAAACUGCCCAGCUGGUUUUGUUUCCCUUCGUCCCUCUGCAUGGGCAUAAAUCAUACUGUCCUGUAGGCCUCUGUAAGAUACUCAAACCUACAAACAAUUACUACCAUAGAGUACUUAGAGUUAAAACCAGGAAUAUUAAACUCAAGCUGAGUUGUUCACAGUAUUAACUAUGACACACAGCAGUAGGAGGCCAGCAGAAUAGACCACAGUGUCAAAGAGCUGUUGAUUUUAGAGAAACUUCAAGCAGAACAGCAGCAUUUGGCCCCUUACAGGCAAGUUAUUAAAAAUAUGCACAUAAGAUAUGCUUGCAAAAAGUUGUAAAUCACAUGCCCUUCUUGCACAACGUUGUAAUCACACUUUUUGAUCAGAAAAGCCUGUAAAAUCAGUUACAUAAAUUUCCUAAAUACACGUUUGUUCUCCAUCCCUGUAUCUACCCCAUAAUUUCUAUUUAGAUUGUGUUUUAAAUUGCAAGCACAGGGAAAACACAAGUGUGUUGAGAAAAGCAGUUGAUAUGAAAUCACUUCUAUUUUUUCAUCAAAAUUUAAUUAAAAGAUAUCUCUUUUUUGCAAGAGUGCAAAUUGAAUAAAGGAAUGAGCCAAAAGAGUUGGUUAAUAAUCUUUUUUGUACACUGCAUGUGUAGACUUUUUAAAUGUGUUCAGAUAUCUGCUUAGAAGAUACAAACUAAACAAUAUUUUUUUCAAAUAACCUUGUGUGUGUUUAUUGCAAUGAAAAAUGUUUUUCACUGAAUAUAACAUGAAGUUCUGUGUGAUUUCUUGAUUUUUUUUCAUGAAAAAUACAAAAUAUUGACCGUGUGAGGAACAUCUAAAUCCAGCUAAGCAUUUAAAAGCUGAUGGUUCUUUGCAGAAAAUCAACACUUUCCAUCACAGUGAUCAACAUUUUGUCACUGUUCCCCUUUUACCCCCUCCAUCUCUUUGUAUCCCUGUUUGGAAAAGGAGAUUGUAAGCCCUCUGGGGCAGGGACUACAGUAGUUUGGCUCUGGGUUUUCACAGUGCUAAUAGGAUGAGAUUCUGGUCCACACUAGGCACGGAGGUGCUACAAUAAUACAAAUAAUAAAUGCUAAUAGGCUCACUUGUCUCUUAUUCACUCUCCCCCCACUUCCUGAGCACAGAGGAGCUCAGAGUGACAGAUGUGGGCACUGGUGGCACUGCUCUGAUUCCAGGGUGCUUAGCCCUGGCAGCCAUGGGAGCAGCUGGGGCUUUACUCAGGCUUGUGCCGUGCCUGUAAGCCCUGGAAGGAAGCUUAUGCUGGCAGGGAAUCAAGAGUGGUGGGAGCUCAGCCCCACUUCAUCCGCUCUUGCUCCUCACCCCGUCCCCCCCACUGCAUGUGUGAGAGGCUGCUUCACGGCUCUGUGAGGUUUCCCUGCAGCUCAGCUCACUUGUACAAAGAAAGUCUCUGACCCAGUUAGGGCUGGUGUGCCCUGGCGUUCCCAGAGCUCGGCAAAGCAGGGAAAUCUGUGCAUCCACUUCAAUGGCACACGCCAGUGAUUUGCAAAGCUGGGAGCCAGGCGAGGCAGGAAGGGAGAAGUGUGGAAACCCAAUCCCAACUUCUCAUUUGUGCUCAGGAUGCAGUCUGGGUUUUUAUUUGGACUGUAGUCCAAGUAUGUUAAACUGACCCUGUGUGUGGGGAGCAACAAUCCUGCCUCCCCCACAUCCUCUGCUGCCUGUGUGCCAGGACAAACAUUUCUGAACCCUUUCAGGAGACCAGACGAGUGAAGUGAUCUGCCUGCAAAGUACCCCAGUGAACAACAAAGGGAUUAUUCUCAAGGCACAUCGUUUUCCCAAGCCAAUUCAGUCCCUGGUCACCAUGAGGAGCUGACUUCAGGCACCAAAGGGGAUAGUAGGGGGCAAGCAGGAUAGCUCCCUUCAUAGGUGGUGUCACAGUAUCCCAGUUCAGACUUUGCAUCAAAUUGUAGCCUUAAAGUUAUUUGACUGCAAUAAACUGUACUGGAGUUUGUCCUCUCUUC